AUGGAUGAAGAUCCCGCAGAAGCUCACGUGGGGAGCGUCCCCGAUCAAGAUGUAUCCUCCCUCCUCAGCUCGUCGCCGCCCGAGGGCGCUAUACUCGAAUCCCCUGCUCUCAGCGCCACGACACCCAAAAGCCCCAGGCUUUCGCGGAAUCCAUCCUUCUCUGGUAGCAGCUCCUACCAGGAUGACUGGGACCCCUUGCCGCCCCUCGACCGCCUGACCGUUCUCGACCUGCUCGACAACUUUGCCCUACCACAUCAGCUGGAGAAGCUUCAAAAGGGCAUCUCGGCGCAGACAAACAAGGUGCGCCGCUCCAGAGACGCCUUCAAGUCCAAGACUCAGCUGGCACGCGAUCGCAUGGUGGAAGAGUGGCGUCGCCGCGUCCCGUCGGCCGAUGAGCAACUUGAUCGAUACAGGAAGCGCAUGCGCCAGCGCGUCGACAAGCUCGGCAGGCAGUGGAACGACACCAAGGCCAUCAGCUUGCGGGAGAAAAUAUCCUUCAUAUGCGGUGUCAUGAAUAUCUUCAUCAGCGGAUACCUCAUCGGCGGCUUCCCGCAGUACUUUCACAUCUGGUACACGGCACAGCUUGUAUAUUUCAUGCCCAUCAGGUUCUUCACGUACCACCGGCGUGGCUAUCACUACUUCCUGGCCGAUCUCUGCUAUUUUGUCAAUGUGCUCCUGAGUCUCAGCAUAUGGAUUUUCCCGGGCUCGAAGCGGCUCUUCACCUCUGCUUACUGCCUGGCGUUCGGCAACAAUGCCGUCGCCAUCAUCAUGUGGCGCAACUCGCUCGUGUUUCACAGCUUCGACAAGGUCACUUCUCUCUUCAUUCACAUCAUGCCGUGCGCCACCUUGCACUGUAUUGUUCAUCUAUAUCCCGAGGCGCUACAGAAGGAACGGUUCCCGGCCAUCUGGACCAUCAAACACUCGCCCCCGGGCUCGCCCACAGCGUAUGCCAACGUCGUUUCCAUGUUGGCUUGGAGCACCUUGCCAUACGCCUUCUGGCAGCUAAGCUACUACUUUUUCAUCACCGUCCGCCGUAGGGAGAAGAUUGCCGCAGGUCGGCCCACCUCGUUCACCUGGCUGCGCCGCUCGUACUCCAAGACUUGGAUUGGCAGGGUCGUCUUGUCCCUCCCAGAUGCUCUACAAGAGUCGGCCUUCAUGCUGAUACAGUACUGCUAUGCAGUGCUUACCAUGCUCCCCUGUCCCUUGUGGUUCAUGAGCCGAUACGCCUCUUCCGCAUUCCUCCUGGUGGUCUUCGCGUGGAGUAUUUACAACGGCUCAACCUACUACAUUGACGUCUUUGGCAAGCGUUUUCAGAAGGAGCUGGAGGCUAUGAAAGCGGAGGUGCUGAAAUGGCAGACGACACCGGAGCUCAUGCUUCAGUCGCCGCUCAUCACGCCACACCCCGAUGCGCCUUCGGCCCAAGCGGCCGCCGGACUGGCCACACAGUCCGUCGAUGCGGUUGCGGACACCAGCCACGAAACCCCUGCUGGAAACAAAACACCUGGCUGGGACAGCGUUAAGGGUCGCAACCCAACUCUUGACAACAUUCCGCUUCUGGACGAAACCAUCUCCGUUUCAGCGACUGGCGUGGAUGGCGGAGCCAGAGACGUCGCUCGUGAGCGGAGAGCGGGGGAUGGACUUGAUUCUUGA